AUGGCUGGAAAGGGACAGACCUGGAACCUGAACCCAGAUGGAGCCAACCCCAAACCCAAGGAGGCCCUACAGCCUCACAAGGCCUUCAGCGAGUUUCUGUCAGUGGCUGAGAAUGGGGGCAGUGACCUGGAUGGCGCAGGGGCACCGCUCUCAGAAGCAGUCCUGGUCUCUCUGACUGAGAGGACCCUUGAAGGUGACCCGCCUUUCUCAGAGCUGCCCACGCCACAUGAGGCGGAACCCCGGGGCGGCUCCCUGGAGGUGGAGGCCAGGUCCCGGCCUCUGAUUCACCCCCAGCCGGGCAUCAGGGAGGCCGAGGCAGUGCCCGGCUACCUGGAACGUCGACUCCCCACCCUCUCCCGUGUCCGGGCUGUCGUGGGCCCGGCCAAGGCUCCCGGCCCCACUGCCCUCGGUGGCGGUCCUUUCAGCUGCCCCUCCUUCACCCAGGAGCCACAGGAUGUCACCUUCCCCUUGGAUCUGUCACAGUCUGAAAUCACCCUGAGCUGUGCCGCGAGUGGCCACCCCCGUCCGCAUUACAGGUGGAGGCACAAUGGCACAGACCUGGACUUUUCCACGAGUUCUCACUACAGGCUGGAGGGAGGCAGCUUGGUGAUCGGCGGCCCGCACCCAGACCGAGACGUCGGCACGUACCAGUGCCUGGCCACCAACCCGCUGGGCACGGUUCUGAGUCGGCAGGCGGCGCUCCGAUUUGCCUAUAUCGAAGACUUCGAGACCAGAGCUAGGAGCGCAGUGUCUGUCCGCGAGGGCCAAGGUGUGGUGCUGCUCUGUGGCCCUCCGCCGCACUCCGGAGACCUGUCCUACGCCUGGGCCUUCAAUGACAGCCCUUUGGACGUCCAGGAGGACGGCCGACGGUUUGUCUCUCAAGAGACGGGCAACCUGUACAUCGCCAAGGUGGAGCCAUCUGACGUGGGCAACUACACCUGCUCCGUGACAAACGAGCGUGCGCAGAGGAGUGUGCGAGGCCCGCCCACGCCACUGGUGCAGCGGCCAGACGGUGUGAUGGGGGAAUACGAGCCAAAGAUCGAGGUGCGCUUCCCCGACCCGGCGCUCGCCGCCAAGGGCUCCUCUGUGAAGCUGGAAUGCUUCGCCCUCGGAAAUCCAGUCCCCGACAUUAGUUGGAGGAGGUUGGAUGGAAGCCCGUUGCCAGGGAAAGUCAAGUACAGCAAAUCCCAGGCUACCCUUGAAAUCCCGAACUUUCAACAGGAAGAUGAAGGCUUCUACGAGUGCACGGCGGGCAACCCGCGCGGGAGGAACCGAGCGAAGGGCCACCUCCUGUUCUACGCCCCUCCGGAGUGGGAGCGGACGAUUCAGAACGCACACCUGUCUGUCUACGGCAGCCUGCACUGGGAGUGCCGGGCCCGCGGGAGGCCGCGCCCCUGGUACAGGUGGCUGAAGAACGGGGAGCCCCUCCGCCCACAGGAAAGAAUUCAAAUAGAAAAUGGGACACUUAUCAUAACUGUGCUGAAUGUGUCAGAUUCUGGCGUCUACCAAUGUGCUGCUGAAAACAAAUACCAGAUAAUUUAUGCAAAUGCAGAAUUGAGAGUAUUAGCUUCAGCUCCCGAUUUCUCCAAAAAUCCCAUCAAAAGGAAUUCGGUCGUCCACGUGGGCGGAGACGCUGCCAUCGAGUGCCGGCCCCAGGCCUUCCCCAGGGCCACGGUCUCCUGGAGGAGGGGGGCGCAGAGCCUGCGGCAGAGCGGAAGGGUAUCUGUCUCGGAGGACGGCAGCCUGAAGAUACACAAUGUGACCAGGUCAGACGCGGGCCCCUACACCUGCAUUGCCUCCAACCAGUUCGGGGUGGCGAAGAACACAGGCAGCCUCAUCGUGAAAGAGCGUACUGUCAUCACCGUGCCACCGUCCCCGAUGGACGUCGCCGUCGGCGAGAGCAUCGUGCUGCCCUGCCAGGUGUCUCGCGACCCCUCCGUAGAAGUCGCCUUUGCCUGGUCUUUCAACGAACACGCCAUCGACGAAGGAAAGGCGGUACCCCAUUUCGAACGGAUCGGAGGAGAAUCUGUCGGAGACCUGAUGAUAAGGAAUAUUCAGCUAAGCCAUUCGGGGAAAUACCUCUGCACGGUGAGGACGGCUCUGGAAACCUUGUCUGCCGCAGCCGAAGUCAUCGUCAGAGGCCCCCCAGGUCCCCCCCAGGACGUCAGAGUGGACCUGGUCUCCAGCACCACGUCCCAGGUCAGCUGGAGGCCGGGCGCGGACAACAACAGCCCGGUGCAGGCGUUCGCCGUGCAGGCCCGGACCCCCUUCUCCGUGGGGUGGCAGGCGGUCUCCACCGUUCCAGAAAUUCUCGGCGGUCAGACGUUCAACGCGACAGUGGUGGGCCUGAGUCCGUGGGUGGACUAUGAGUUCCGGGUGGUUGCCGGGAACAGCGUUGGGAUCGGGGAGCCCAGCCGCCCGUCCGGACUGUUCAGGACCAAGGCAUCGGUGCCUGCCGUGGCCCCUGCCAACAUCCAUGGAGGCGGAGGAAGCCGGACCGACCUCGUCAUUACGUGGGAGCCCGUGCCGGAGGAGCUCCAGAGCGGAGGGGAGUUCGGCUACCUGGUCAUGCUGCGGCCGGUCGGCGCGGCCGCCUGGACCACGCACAGGGUGCCGGCGGCGGAGUCCUGCAGGUUUGUGUACAGAAACGAGAGCGUCAGCCCCCUCUCUCCCUUCGAAGUCAGAGUGGGCGUGUACAACAGCGAAGGGGACGGGGCGCUGAGCGCUGUGGCCAUCAUCUACUCCGGGGAGGACGAACCGCAGCUGGCCCCGAGGGGGACGUCGGCCCAGAGUUUCUCUGCUUCGGAAAUGGAGGUGUCAUGGACGGCCAUCGCCUGGAACAGGAAUGCGGGGCGAGUGCUGGGCUACGAGGUCCUGUACUGGACAGACGACUCCCGGGAGCCCUCCACUGGCCAGGUGCGAGUCAGCGGGAACGUCACGGCCAAGACCAUCAGGGGGCUGAAGGCAAACACCGUGUACUUUGCCUCGGUCAGAGCUUACAACACGGGCGGGGCGGGGCCCUCAAGCCCCCCGGUCAACGUCACCACCAAAAAGUCUCCGCCGAGCCAGCCGCCCGCGAACAUCGCCUGGAAGCUGACGGACUCCAAGCUCUGCCUGAACUGGGAGCACGUGCGGACCAUGGAGAACGAGUCGGAGGUUCUGGGCUACAAGAUCCUGUACCGGCACAGCCGACAGAGUGAGACCCACGUUCUGGAAACGAACGCCACGUCCGCGGAGCUGCUGGUCCCGCGCGGGGAGGACUACCUGGUGGAGAUCAGGGCGGUCAGCGACGGCGGGGACGGGAGCAGCAGCGCGGAGAUCAGGAUCCCCAGGGUGUCCAGUCUGAGUUCUGCAGGAGUUCCGGUUUCAGAACCUGGCGCCCGGUUCCCGUCAGUUGCCGCUGCGAUUUCUUCCUGCUUUGCUCUUUGCCCGCUCGUACGACGAAUGAACCCAUCCGUCUGGUGA